GUCACUAGAGAGAAGCAGCCAUCUGGAACCUUUGUGAAUCCCAUCACCUUCAGUUUUAAAUCUUUCAGAGUCAUUUGAUGUCCUGAAGAAGGCCCUCUCCAGCUAUCUAGUUCUGGGGGUUCUGUUGCCCUUGGGUUUGUCCUACCCAGUUUUCUCUCAGCAACUGCUGCAGACAAAGCAAGGAAAACAACAGAGUUACCUCCAGAUCCCAUAUCCGACCUCGGGUCUAUUUUCCAAGGAGUCAAAAUGAUGGAGGAUUUCAACAGUGAGACCGACAGUGACUACACCAGUUACUGGAGGGACUGGUUCAUCUCUUCUCGUGGAAAUGAGUACUUCUGCGAAAUCGACGAAGAGUACCUUACCGAUCGCUUUAACUUGACUGGCCUGAAUACCGAAGUCCCUUACUAUCAAUAUGCUCUCGACCUUGUGACUGACGUCUUCGACCUCGAUGCGGACGAUGACCUGCGCGAGCAGAUCGAGAAGUCUGCGCGUCACCUGUACGGCUUGGUUCACGCUAGAUACAUUGUUACUACCCGCGGUCUGGCCAAGAUGCUUGACAAGUACAAGAAAGGCGAUUUCGGCAAAUGCCCCCGUGUGAUGUGCGACGGCCACCCUCUUCUCCCCGUGGGCAUGCACGAUGUUCCCAACGUCAGCACCGUCAGACUCUACUGUGCCAAAUGCGAAGACGUCUACAACCCCAAAUCCUCUCGCCAUGCUUCCAUCGAUGGUGCCUAUUUUGGAACUUCUUUCCACAGCAUUCUCUUCCAAGUCUACCCGGCUCUGGUCCCAGAGAAAAGCGUUCGUCGCUACGAGCCUCGCAUCUACGGUUUCCGCGUUCAUGCUAGUGCAGCACUUGCCCGCUGGCAGGACCGUUUCCGUGAGGACAUGAAGGCGCGUCUUCACGAGGCGGGAGUUGAAGCGAAAUACAUCGAAGAUAGCGAGGUUGAGGAGGACCUGGAUUCCGAGGAUGACGAUGAAGAGCAGAGUGUGGACACCAAGAACGAGAGGGUUGUGGGAGACGCCGCCUCGGGCCGUAUGGACCUGGGUCACUGAGCCAGACGAAGUCGCCGCUGUUCUUGCGAUUCCCAACUCAAUGCCCCGCUGUGUCGGGUGGCGUUUCUUUUUCAGUCUAUGGGAUUUUUUCUGCCGAAAUACCGGGCGUAUGACGGGUCAUUUCUUUUUCUUUUUCUGUA